AUGAAUAAAGAUUGGGUUCGUUGGCCAAGGGGGAAAGUUCCAUACCAGGAUGCAGUGAAGAAGUUCAUAAAGUUGACUUGUGAGAAACUUGGAAAUCCUUCUAAGUUUAGUUGUCCUUGUGUGGAUUCUAAGAAUCUUGCUGCGCCACUUCCUCCGAGUACAGUACAUUUUCACUUGCUACAACGAGGUAUGGAUCCUACUUACACCGAGUGGGUUCUUCACAGUGAGAAGGCUAGCACUUUGAAUGAUGUUCAUGAAGAGGGAGCAACAAGUCAACAUACUUUCUAUCAGAUGUGUACAGAUGCUAAUGUUGAUUUUGCCGAACCAGAACAAGGGGUUGCUGAACCUAGGCAGGACGAUGAGUCGCAGAACCAAGACGAAGGAUUGCUGAACCAUAUUAAAGAGCUAUCUAUUACUAUUGAAUUUUAUAGGCACAAGACAGUAAAUGAUUUAUCUCGAAGAGAUUUUGAUGAACUUCUCAAGACAAUUAGUUCCGCACUUCCCUCAGGUCAUUGUCUUCCUAAAUCAACUUAUGAAGUGAAGAAGUUGCUGAAAGCUUUCCAACUGACUUAUGAGAAAAUAAAUGCAUGUGAGAACGAUUGUUGUUUGUUUAGAAAAGAGUUGAAAGAUGCAGAUGAACGUCCUAAAUGUCACUAUUCUAGGUGGAAGGAAGACAUAUCUAACAUGGAUGACGAUGCUGACAUGAUAGACAAGCCCAAAAAGAAGAUACCGGUGAAGAUGCUUAGAUACUUCCCCCUUGUGCCGAGAUUAGAGAGAUUGUUUAAAUCAGCAGAUCUAGCUCAACAGUUGAUAUGA